UAUAAGAAAAGAUAAUGUUCAUCAAUACCUCGCAAAAAUAUGUCGAAAAUGGCGAGCAAGCUUUCGAAGAGGCAGUGAAUCACAGUGGAGAUCAUGGACAAGAAAGCUAUGAGGAGCUUAUCAAAUUUAUUGAUGAAUUUAUUUCUUCCGAAGAAUAUUCUGAGUACAUCAGGAAUAAAAAAAAUAUAAUCAAGAGAUGCAUGUGGGUACAAUAUGAUGAAAAUGAUUUGAAAGAGUUUCCACAGAUAGUUGAAGAUAAAUACCCACAAACGACCGAAUCUAAAAAACUAUUUGCAUUUGCGAAGCAAUUUGAAAAAUAUGUAAAAAGAAAAGAAAAUUUAGAAAUACUCAGGAGACAAAAACACGGCAUCCAAAUCAUAAAGGAUAAAAUCUCCAAACUGAAAGUAUUCCUGAACUGCACGAGAAAAACUAAACAAGCACGAUAUGAAAAAAAUUGUCAGAAAUAUUUGGAAACAUUCUGUGACACUUUCAAUAUAAACUACAACAGUUUAAAAAUAAAAGAUAGACGCAAAGUGGAAGAACGAAUAAUUUGUUAUCAAAAAAUAAUACAUAGCCGAACCAUGAAAAGGAAAAUGAACAUUACAUCAAUUGUGAGAAAACUUACAGAAGAAUAUGGCAGAAAACCCAAGAAAAGUAUAUGGAAUAUUCCACGUCAGACUGAUUUCUACCAAGCUGAAAGACGACAGAUGAGUUCAGGGGAAAUGCAUCAUGUCAGCAUUGUCGCAGAUAUAUUCAACGAAACUGACAAUGAAACAGUGGAAAGGGGUGACGAAGAGAGCCAAAAAGAUAUAAAGAAAAAUAAACAAGAGUAUAAGGUAACCAAAGUGAAGAACAAAAAGGAAAAUGAAAUCAAUUCUGCGAAAAGAAGUAAAAAGGGGAAGAAGUCUUCAAAAAAAGAGCAAUCAGAGCUGGUGUUACCUGUGGUGCCAUUGUGCAAUAGAAGAAAUAAAAUCGAUUUGGAAUCGAAAGAACGAAUUUCGCAGUUACUAGAAGAAUUUCGAAAGUUUGAUAAUAUUAUGGAAGACAAGCAUAUGCUAUCACAAGAAGUUUCUUCUGCCGAUAUAAUGAUUGAUAAUAACUUUUUAUGUAAACCAGGUACCAUAAUAUUUGAAAGCUGUGAAUAUCGAAAAAAAUAUAAGAAAAAAUGCAUUAUUCUCAACAAAAGCAAGCAGCCACGAAAAUUCAGAUUAUUAAAAAUUUCAUCACAAAAUGAAUACGACACGCUUUUAUUCGAAAUCCAACCCCUGUUAGGAAUCCAGAAAGUAUCAAGUGGAUGUUCAGUGACAUUAUAUGUAACUUUCAUUCCUAGAGAGCCAUUUACACAGCUUGAAGCGAAACUUGAAUUUCUUUCCUACGACGUAGAAGAUCAACAGUACCAACAAUUCUUCGUGCAUAUUCGAUGUCUGCCACCACAUGCAAAUUUGAAGAUUAGUCAGAGUGACAUCUCUUUCGGCAAAAUGUUCAUUUGGCAAGCGAGGCUUUCAAUGAAGUCCAUCAGGCUUAAGAAUGAAGGCAAAAAGGCAUGUAAAGCGGUCAUCAAGAAAAUAUUCGAUCCAUUGGAAUUGACAGAUCUACUAAACAACGAAAAUGAGUACCAAAAUUUAUUUGAAGACAUUACAAAAAAUAUCGUAGAGGACUUAUUUGAGAAUGUAUUUAAUACUUUUUCGUUCGGGAGCUGCUUCAUUGAAGUGGAUGGUUCUGAAAAUUUCAAACUAGAAAUCAAAAUGAAAAAUGUUGAUCACGUAGGUGAUUUUUUAGAAAAAUAUAUGUUGGACGUUUAUGAGGACGGAAGUUUUGUUGGCAGUCAGGAACUUCUGGUAUCUGCGGAAAUACGCGGACACUUUAUAGAAUUGUCACCAGAAGUGUUAGAUUUUGGAGUUUGCAUUUUCAACUCCAUUUAUCAACUGGGUCUUGAUAUUUACAAUAGCUCAUCAUGUACACAGACUAUCGCUGUGAAAUUUCCGUCAUCCGUUGUGGAUUAUAUAAAAUCUGAUGUUACAAAUUUGUAUGUUCCUCCCCAAACGAAGAGAACUGUUUGGAUCAAAUUUCUUCCAAGGAAACAUAUUACUACUGAAAGAAUUCAUUACUUUGAUGGAUCCACGGGAAUUUUGGAAAUGCCUGUCCAUAUAUGUAUACUAAGCAGAAACUAUUCUGCUAUACCUCCAAUCAAAGCUACAAUAUUUGCCGUAUUAUCUGAUCAAAAUAACACAAAUAUCAUACCAACUGAAGAAGCAAAUUGUGAUUAUUUUCCUGAUGGAGCAGUAUUGGAUUUGGGAGAAUGCAGUAUAUACGAAAUCGUGUACACAGAUAUCAUAAUUGAAAAUGAAACUUCGUCUCCUCAAAUUUAUGGAUUCAUCGAUUUGCCACAAUGUAUAACAAUUUCACCAAACUUUGGAUUUGGUGAAUUAGACCCGGGAGAGAAAAAAACACUGAAAAUAUACUUUCAUCCAAAUAUUGAAGAUAUUAAAGAUUGCUACAUCGAAGGAAAACUGAAAGAUCAUCGAAAAGUUUUAAAAUUAACUUUAGAAACUCUUAGCAACGUAGGGCAGAUAAAGCAGUCCCUUAACGGAAAAAAGCUGAGGAAGUCAAUCGAUCUAAUGAUACAAGAGAUGAGAAAUUCUCUAAGAAAUAAUAAUUUACUUCAAGAUAUAAAAAUUUGCAUGAAGUCUGUGAAAUCUGUGUAUUUUUCUCAAAAGAAAACAUAUGAUGGACAAAUUCAUGUGUUGCGUGAUUAUAAAGGAGAAGGUUGUAAUGAAUUUGUAAGAUCUCCACCAAAAAAUGUUUCACCAGAAGAAACUAUAACUAAACGUCAGGUAACAGUACACGCAAAAAUUAUACGACCUCUUCUAGAAAUCUCCUCCCAACACGUAGAGUUUCCAGACACACCUUGUGGUUCAUACUCAACUGCCGAGAUAGAACUUAGAGCUUUGGAAAAUGAGAUAAUAUUAGAAUGCGAUUUCUUGAAGAAUAAUUCGAAAUUGUUGUUGCCAAACUAUGAAGCAUGGUUUAAAAUCACCGGAGAUAACGAACAAAUAAGGAUCGAACCCAGUUGUGGCAUUUUAAAAAAAGGAGAGGCCAAAAAAAUUAUUUUGAUUGCCAAACCUUCCACUUUAGAUCAUGUAAUAAAAGAUACUGCGAAGGCAAUAAAAUAUUCUGAAAUAUACGAAAUGAAGAAACGAGAAAUUGAACUCGCCAGGAGUCGCUCACAGUUAAAGAAAAAGUCAAGUAAAGCAUUACAAAAUGUCAAAGGCAGCAAGAAAUCUGUCAAGCAGAGAAAAGAUAAGAAAAAUGACAAGAAAAAAGGAUUGGGGAAACAAAACACGGGAAUCGACCUAAAAAGCACAGAACGAACUGUUCUUCCUGAAAUUACGAUAACUGAUGAAGAACUGGAAAUCAGUUAUCUCGAUUAUUAUCCUGCGGAAAUGUUUUACUGGAGAAGCCUCGAACCGUACACACUGAAGUCGAAAUUGGUAUGUAAUAUCAAUUACGACAGUCCAAACAUGAUACGGAAGCAGGAAACCAUUUACUUGGAUGUAUUCUGUAAAGUAAUCAGACCCGAUUUCAUAACCAAUUUGAAACAACAAAGGAUCAAUUUUGGCACUACUGCUGUGGGAAUGGUCUCCACUGAAUAUAUCAUACUACAGAAUAUUAAAUAUAGUGCCAUCAAACCAAAAAUAAGUCUUCUUAAUCCCGUUGGGCCAUUCAGAGUACCCCAUUUAAGGAACUGGGAUCUACCUCCUGAGAAUUAUUUGAAGCUACCCAUCAAGUUUGAGCCCAGGAUUGACGAAAAGGUCGAAGAAUAUUUUGAAAUUUCUUCAGGUGAAACUAUAUUGCCGUUAAUUCUUGAGGGGACCGGCAUAUUACCUGAUUUAGAAUUCAAACCAAAUGUUCUGGUUUACAGACUGGACACGAAAAGUAAUAAGGUAGCAGAAUGUGAUUUGGAAAUUUUGAAUAAAUGCUGUGCUGUUGUAACAAUACACUUUGAAAAAGUAUUGGAACUUGAGGGUACCAUGAUUACAGAGUCAAUUGGAAGAGAUGAUAAAUCUUCAACCCUUACUCAAAAAUCUAAUACUAAACAGAAAUCGAAAACACCUGAAAAGACCAAGAUACCAGAUGAAAGGACAAAAAAAUCACUUCCACUUCCGAAAUGUUUUGACAAAUUGACUAUCAUGGAAGAAACCUCGAUUAAAGACCGUUUCAAAACUAGAAAAGGAGAAUCGUUCUUUGAUAUUUUGAAUAUUGAAAACAAUCAAGUACAACUACCAGGAAAUUCCGAAAAAGUCGUAAAAUUUUGUUUCGGUACUCCCGAAGCAUUACUGAAGAGAAAAAAGGAAUUAACGGAAAGGGACAACAAGAAAAAGAAGGAAAAAUUUACGGAGAAAAGUGGUUCUGGAAAAUCAAAAGAUGGUAAAAAGGUUGCAGAUAUCAUGUAUUACUUGGCGAAAUACAACAUUAAACUAGGGAACAGUUUCGUAAGAGAUGUAAUUCUGAUCUGUUAUUUCAAAUAAAUAUAAAAUUUCUAA